UCCAGCUCCUCCGCUCUCUCCCCUCACUCCACCUCUUCUCCCCUCGGCUUCGCACGCUCGACUUAGUGUGGCUAGAACCGCCGAAGAGAAAGGGGUGGGUCGCUCGCAGCUCUCCCAGACCGCGCGUCGCCUGGCUCAGCGCUGCCUCUCCCUCCCUCCUCUCCUCGCCACGAACUCCACGGUGCCACGCCCCAGCUGUCCCCGCGCCCCGCCAGCACACACAGACGAGCGGCGUGGCACUAAGGCGUCAGGGGCUUAUUGGAAAGGCACAUUUAGGCCCCGAGACGCGUGUUAAGACUACGGCAAGAGUCUCGUAGGCCCAGAAACCCGUGCUCGUAAAUCUCAAGCGUGUCGAACUGCUACUACGAGACCUCCCGCCCCCCCUCCCGCCCUCCCUCCCCGCUGUCUAAGCCUCCCAGCGUCCCGGCGGGGUGCUGGGCGUGUGUUCAUCAGUAGCAGCGCAAGGGGGUGGCGUGUAUCGUAUAAAUUCUUCACUGUGACGGCCGUGCUCCGCCGCCGCCGCUGCUGUGAGGGAAGAGAGGCCCCCCGGCACACACGCCCACGCGCGCCUCGCUCACACCACUGGCUGGCGGGCGUCGUUCAGGUCCUGGACGCCGGAGAUCGCAAGGGAUUCACCACGCGAGCCUGGAGCGAAGGAGCGACGGGACGAAGCGCCAAGGACUCGUAAGACAACACAGAGCCUCAAGUCGAAGGAAACCAACAGAAGAAGACCCGUAGCACCACGCCAAAGACUCGUAAGACAACACAGAGCCUCAAGUCGAAGGAAACCAACAGAAGGAGACCCGUAGCACCACGCCAAAGACUCGUAAGACAACACAGAGCCUCAAGUCGAAGGAAACCAACAGAAGAAGACACAGCAAGAGACGAAACAGCACCCGUAGCACCGCGCCAAAGACUCGUAAGACACCACAGAGCCUCAAGACGAAGGAACUCACAGAAUACACAGCACCGUAGCGCCAGUGACACUUAAGACAACACAGCAGUCCCAAUACGAAAGAAUAUCCAGCUUAACGAGACACAGCAAAACACGGAACACAGCAUCGUAGCACAGCGCCAGUGACUCAUAAGACAACACAGCAGUCCCAAUACGAAAGAAUAUCCAGCUUAACGAGACACAGCAAUACACGGAACACAGCAUCGUAGCACAGCCCCGGUGAUUCCAGGACAUGAAAACAGUGACGUGAAGGAAGGAAACGCCAAUUGAAUGAAACACGGCACGCCAGCACGUAGAGUUUGAUAGGAGAAAGAAUCCGACGAGAGGAGGAGGAGGAAAAGGAGGACUAAAAUAGAGAAGUGAGGAAAAGAAAUCACACGCAAAAACUCAAACGCCAAGAAGCUGAAAGGAAACAAACAAAAGACGCUCAACAAGACGAAAGAUAAAAAAAGAACACAAAUAAAUAGAAAACACAGACAGACACCAAGCAAUCAAGACAACAAACAAACAAACAAACAGCAAGCAAGCAAGCGAGCGAGGAAGGACCCAACGAGCCGGCGAAGAAGCAAAAUCACGCGAACUUGAGACAACAACAAACUCCCACUUGUGGAAUCUUAACCUGACUUGGCCCGUGUGUGACCCCGCCUGUGAUGCCGCCAGCAGGACCGUGACGAGCAUGGGUGCGGUGACUGCGGCCUGGCUACUCUGCGUGGCUGUGGCGGGGGUGGCGGCGGCGGGCGGAGGCGAUAUCUUCUACUUCAGCGCGUGGCCGGCGAGCGGACGCGUGGCGGCGGGCGAGGAGCGCGUGCUGCGGUGCGCGGUGUCGGACGCCGCCAGCAUCGCCCUCACCUGGCACCUGGACGGCCGCCCCAUCACCUACUCGUCAAGGCGCCGCAUCAGAGAGGGCUCGAAGGGCACCGCGGACCUGGUUAUCGGGCGCGCCACACCUGAGGAUGCGGGCGAGUACACCUGCAUCGCGCACAACACCACCUCCGGGUUCGCCCUCACCUCGCUGCCCGCCACCCUGACUGUGCUGUGGGUGGGCGAGGAGUCCCGGGUGGUGCUGGCGGACCCGAAGGAGGAGUCAGCACUGCGUCGCGGCGCCUCAGCAAGACUCAGGUGCCGGGUGGAAGGCGGCCCCGACCUCUACUAUCGCUGGUACAGGAAUGGCGAGGACGCAGACGAGGUGAAGGGCAUCAGCGUGUCUCGGAAGCGCCUCUCCAUCGCCUCCUUCGACCCCGCGCUCCACAACGGCGUCUUCACCUGCAGCGCCUCCGUCUUCAAGCCGCCCGCCGCCCCCCAGCCCUCCGCGCCCCCUCUCACCGUUACCACCACCCACACGCCCUUCACCCUCGCUCUGAAGGACCCCAAGGUGCCCGGGGUAAGGGUAGUGCCGGCGUCCCUGGUGGUUGGCGGGGGGAGCAGCGCGCCCUUCCACUGCCGCUUCCAGGAGGGCACGGCCGUCACCUGGUACCUCAACGGCGCCGGCCCCCUCGUUAACGGCUCCAGAUACACCCUGCAGAGGAAUGGGACCCUGGUGGUGCGGGCCGCCAGUAAAGGCGACGAGGGUGUGUACAAGUGUGAGGGGAGACACCCUGACCGCCCUCACCCUGCUGCCUACGCCGCCUCUCUCACCCUAGCAUACAUCGACAGCAGCUCGCCUCCCACCCUCGAACCGGGAGCCAACCUACGGAACAUGCACGUGGUGGGCGCGGGGGGGCGCCUCAAGGUCCUGUGCCUGCCCCCGCCCGGCCUGCCCCGCCCCCGCGCCUCCUGGGUCGCCGUGCCGGUGCAGGAGUCGUCUGGGCAGCAGGAGGAGGGUGGGGAGCCGCGGGGGAACAAGGGAGGGAGCGCGGAGCUGCUGGUGGAGGACGUCAGCCACGCCCACGCCGGAAACUACACCUGCGUGGCUUCCAACCUGGCGGGGAACUCUUCGGUGUCCCUGCAGCUGGUGGUGACGAGAAAGCCCCACGCCCAGCUUGUCACGGCCCCGCUGGAGGUGUUGGAGGAGGAGACGGCGAGGCUGGAGUGCCGCGUCGACGCCUCUUCUCGACCCUACACCAACGUCACCUGGACCCGCAACGCCGCCCCGGUCAGCGUGGAUGACUACCGCAUCUCCCUCUCUGGCAUGGAGGAGGGCGUGACGGAGGGAGUGUCGGUGCUAAGGAUCCGCUGGGCGCGCCUGACGGAUGCUGGGGCCUACGCUUGCGUGGUGCAUACCCUGGGACACCCCCCGGCGGCCACCUCCCCCGUCAGGCUCUCUGUUACAGAGCGGCUCAAGUUCUCCCCACUGCCCAGGGACACGCGCGUGGAGGUGGGCGCCAACCUCAGCAUCCCGUGCGUGGCCAGGGGGGCGGACUCACCUGUGGUCACCUGGCACCGCGUCGCCCAGCAGGCGCUGGUGGGGCUACCGGAGCACAUGGCCAGCGUGGAGGGGCGUCUGGAGGUGGUGGGCGCCGAGCUGGAGGACGCUGGGCGGUACAUGUGUGUCGCCGCCUCCACGCAGGGCGCCAUCAACGUGACCAUCACUCUCUCCGUCAUUGAGAGCCCCGUGCUGGAGUGGGUGACGCAGGGCCCUGUCUUGGUGGACCGGGGCGACACGCUGCUGCUGGAGUGCUUCGCGAGGGGUAGCCCGCACCCCUCCAUCCACUGGGACUACAACCACACCACCAACGCCUUCGACCCGGACAGGGUUGAGGUGCACGGCAAUGGCACGCUGCAGGUGUCUGAGGUGCGGUGGGAGGACGGUGGUGUGUACGGGUGCACGGCGGGCAACAUGGUGGGCCUGGCGCGCGCUGAGAUAACCGUGACCGUGACAGGCGAUAGCGCACAGCUGCUGGGGCGGACGGUGGGCGUGGCGGUGGGCGGCGCGGCUGCCUACAUAGCGCUGGUGGGGGCCAUGCUGAUCUACUGCCGACAGAGACGCCACAGACUCAAACAGCCCUCGCCACAGCACGCGAGAGGUGGUGUUAGCGAGGCAGCCCAGCGGCCCGAGGAAGAGGAGAGGCUGAUGUACGCUGCUCCUCCAGGGGGGGCCACGGGGGGCCAGGCCGCGCCCAGGGUGGGGAGGAUCGACCCCCCGUGCCACGUGCAGCUGUCGCAGGUGUCCACGCACACGCUGGCCACCUCCACCCACCUGGGCCUCUCCCAAGCCUCCACCAAGACCCUGGGCGGCUCCUCGGCCUCCACGCGCCACUCCUCGCCGCUGCAGCCAAACUCCUCCCCGUCGCCCCAGAGCGUGCUGCCCUCCGCCCUCAGCGACCACUUCUACGUGCGGCCGGACGCCCCCACGCCCGCCCACGCUCCCGGCCAGGACAAACAGACGAUCCAGCGGGAGAACCUGCAGGUCCUCCUCACGCUAGGUCACGGGGAGUUCGGCGAGGUGCAGCUGGCGCGCCUGAGGAACCCCACGGAGGAGACCCCGGGGGAGGAGGCGCCGCCCGACCCUGACAGCCUCGUGAUGGUGAAGGUGAUCAGCACGAGGGACGAGAGCCUGCUGGCGGAGGUAUGUCGGGAGGCAGCCAUGUUCGGGGGGCCGCCGCACCCCAGCCUCGUCUCCACCAUCGCCUUCUGCACCGCCCACACCCCCCACCUGCUCCUCACGCAGUACACGGACUGGGGUGACUUGAAGCAGUUCCUGUUGGCGACGCGCAAGGAGUCGCCGCGGCCCGUUGGGAGUCUCCGACCACCGCCCCUCGCCCUCCCUCACGCCCUCAGCCUCGCCCUGCAGACGGCGCAGGGGCUGGAGUAUCUGAGCGGGCGGCGCCACAUUCACCGGGACGUGGCGGCGAGGAACUGUCUCGUCACCUCCAGCCUGCAGGUGAAGCUCGCGGCGCCGGCACUCACACGGGACGCCUACUCCACCGAAUACUGCACCUACAGGAACCAGGUGCUGCCGGUGCGCUGGCUGGCCCCCGAGGCUCUGCUGGAGGAGGAGCACAGCAUGAAGAGCUCCGUGUUCUCGUGGGCGUGGCUCGUGUGGGAGGUGUUCACGCAGGCCGCUAUACCCCAUGCCGACCUCACGGACCACCAGGUAAUCAUGGCGGCUGAGCGGGGGGAGCUGAGGUGCGCGGCGCCCCCCAAAACGUCCCCGGAGCUGGAGGCGCUGCUGGGGGCGUGCUGGCAAGUGUCCCCCAAGGCGCGGCCCUCCGUCACGGCGGUGGUGGAUGCGCUCAAGGCCCUCACCUGAGCAUACCUGACACACACCUGAGCAGACCUAGACACACCUGAAAAUAUACCUGAAUAGAUACACACAUAUAUACACACACCUGUAAACACACCUACACAAACCUAACACACCUGAAAAUAUACCUGACUACAGACAUACACACACCUUACCACACCUGUAAACACACCUACACACACCUAACACACCUGAAAAUAGACCUGAAUACAGACAUACACACACCUUACC